GAAACAGGGCAAAUACAGAGAGGCAGAAUCUUUGUACAAAGAGAUACUGACCAGAGCACACGAGAAAGAGUUUGGUUCUGUCAGUGGGGAGAACAAGCCAAUCUGGAUGCACGCAGAGGAGAGGGAGGAGCAGAGCAAGGGCAAACGCAGGGAUGGCGUGUUGUACUGGGAGUAUGGGAACUGGUACAAAGCCUGCAAGGUGGAUAGCCCCACCGUUAACACGACACUGCGCAGUCUGGGCGCGCUGUACCGGCGGCAGGGGAAGCUGGAGGCGGCGGAGACACUGGAGGAGUGUGCCACCAAGUCACGCAAACAGGUGCCGGACACGUCCCACCAGUCGCGGGUGGUGGAGCUGCUGAAGGACCUGGGGCCGGGGGGACGUCCGGGCCGCGACCAUCUCACCGGAGCCGCCGGCGUCGUCAAUUACAUCAUCAACGGCACCGAGAACGACGAGGCCAACGCCAACGCUGAGUGGAGCGGGGACGGUAGCGGUUCCCUUCGCCGCAGCGGUUCGUUCGGGAAGAUACGCGAGGCGCUGAGGCGCAGCAGCGAGAUGCUGGUGAAGAAACUGCAGGGAGACCCCCCUCCUCAGCCCCGCAACCCCGGCAUGAAACGGGCAAGCUCGCUGAACUUCCUGAACAAGACCACAGAGGAGGCAACUGAGGCUGUGAGCACGUUGGCCGAUUCCAAGGCCCUCAGUGCCAGUAACGUGGACCUGUCGAGGCGGAGUUCCCUCAGCAGUUUGAACUGAGCGCCCCGCAGGGAGGGGAUCGGAGCCGGGACCCCCACUCCUCGUCCCCACCGCUCCAGCCGCCAGCCAGCGCCCCUCUCUCUCUCUCUCUCUCUCUCUCUCUCUCUCUCUCUCUCUCUCUCUCUCUCUCUCUCUCUCUCUCUCUCUCUCUCUGAACAGCUUGACGAUGUGUCUUUUAUUUUGUUGCUGUUUGACCCCACGGUCUCACCCCCACCGCGGCCACAGCUACAACUACACUGUCCUGGACAACAGCGCUGGCUCUGUGUGUGUGUGUGUGUGUGUGUGUGUGUGAGUGAAUGUGACUCUGACUGU